AUGUUUUAAGGAAUAUUUGGUUAGUAAUAACAAUAACAACCCGCAGGAGGUGGUUUAUUUGGUUAACCUCAAUAAGGAACAUAAUAAAAUGUACCUAGUUUUGGAGGAGGAUAGUCAAAUGUUGGAAUGUAACCAGCUUAAGGUAUUUUUGUAUAAAAUCAACCAUAAAAUACUACUGGAGGAGGCAUUUUCGGAUAAUAACCUAAUUCAUAAGGUGCAGGAUUAUCUUUAUUUGGAUAAGCAGCAACAAAUCAAAACAAUAAUACUGCUAAUAGUGGAGGAUUAUUUGGAGGAGGUGGAUAAAAUUAAGGUUAAGGACUUUUUGGUGGAUAAGGAAGUAAUACUACUGGUGGUAAUGGAAUGUUUGGAGGAGGUGCUUAAUAAUAAGGUGCUUAAGGAGGAUUAUUUGGAGCAACAGCAGCACAACCAUAAGCAGCAGGAAUUUUCGGUACAUUCGGUUAAUAAUAAUAAAACCCAUAAUAAUAAUAAACUGGUGGAUUAUUCGGUACAACCCCACCUUUGAACUAAUAAUAAUCUUAAUUACCUACAUUUUGUCAUCCAGCUGGUGUGUUUACAGCUUCUAAUCCUUAAUAACCUUAAUAAGCUGGAGGUUUAUUUGGCUAAGCAACUUAAUAAUCAUAAUAAGGCGCUUUUUUGGGAGGAUUAGGUUAAUAAGGGGCCUCUGCUACUUAAGGUGGUUCAAUUUUUGGAGGGAAUUAAGCCACAGGAGGUUUAUUUGGAUAACAAUAGUAAUAAUAGCAACCAGGAGCAGGUGGAUUAUUUGGACAAUAAGCUAAUCCAGCUGGAAUAUUCGGGAAUACUUAAUAAUAAUAACCUUAAGGUGGCCUUUUUGGAGCCAUGCCAAAUUCUUAAUAACAACAAAAUCCUCAAUGUUAGACCGGUUUUUUUGCUCCUUAACAAAAUACUGCAAGUAGUGGUGGAAUAUUUGGAGGAGGAAUAGUCAAUAAUAACCUAAACUAAGGCGGCUUAUUAAAUAUGGGAGCUAAUUAAGGCAAUUUAAGUACAUAAGAUGCCUUAAUGGGCAAAUUUUUUGCAAAACCAUCUCAGAAUUAGCAAAUAUCGAAAACUAAUUAGCUUGGAAAGCCUACAGAAACUAAUAGUGUUAUGAGUGUAUCUAAUGGCUUAGAUUACUGUCUGACUGAAUGUUAACUUUUGUAAAGGAAAAUGGUUUAAAAUGGAUAACUUAAGCCAGGAUAAUAGUAAUAAUAAGGUGGUAUUUUUGGAGCUGCGGCACCUAAUUAGCCCACACCUUUUGGUGUUUAAUAAUAAUAAUAAUAGAAUACAGGAAGCUUGUUUGGUGCCUAAUUUGGAGCCACUUAGUAACCUUAGGUUACAGGUGGUCUUUUUGGAGCAUAGCCGUAAACAGGAGGCACAGGUUAGGGUAUUUUAGGAAAUUAGACUACUGGAUUAGGCGGAGGAGGAGGCCUUUUCGGAGCUUUAGGCGCAGGUCAAUAAUAACCAGUUUAAGGCUAACAGACAGGAGGCAUUUUUGGAAGUUAACCUUAAUAAUAGUAAUAAUAAUAAGCUGGAGGAGGUCUUUUUGGAGGAUUAGGUGUUACUGCUUAAACUACAUCAAGUUAACAAGCAGGAGGAAGUCUUUUUUAAAAUAAUUAAUAAUAAACUUCUACAGGAGGUGGAUUGUUUGGAGGAGGAAACAACACCGCAGCUACUGGAGGAGGACUUUUUGGAGGAAACACUUAAACUUAAGCUGCUACUACUACUGGAGGAGGUGGCCUUUUUGGAGGAAAUACCAGCGUAACCACUGGAGGAGGUCUUUUUGGAGGAAAUAAUUAAUAAUAAUAGGUUAAUUAACCAGCAGGUUAAACUGGAGGUGGCUUAUUUGGAGGAAAUACUGCAACUCCUCAGAGUUUUGGAGGAAAUUAAUAAGGAGGAGGGCUUUUUGGAACAACAAAUUAAACUGGAGGAGGAUUAUUUGGAGGUGGAAAUUAAUAAACUGGAGGAGGUUUAUUUAGUAAUACUUAAUAAUAAUAAUAAGGAUUCAGUGGAUAAUAAUAAUAAUAAUAAAAUUAAUAAUUUUAAUAAUAAAGUUAAUAGUUUUAAUCAUAAUAAGGAUUCGUUUAAUAGGUUUAAGGAGAUGAAUUUUUUAAGAAUUUGUUUUCUUAGUUUGAUAAUUAGAGUAUAUUUAAUAAAUUAUAAAAACAAAACGAAGAAGAUGAUUAAGUCUGGUAUUAUGCAAAUACUAGAAGUAAAAAAAAUAUUAAUUAAGAAUAAUAAAUAGGAUCAUUUGACUAAACUAAAAGUAACUUACUAGAAAUUGAGUAUAAUUCACUAUAUGGAUACAAAAAACCAAGAGCUUAGACUAAAAAAGGAUUCUAAAAAGAAGAAUAAAUAAAAGAAACAUUUAAAAAAUUCUCUUUAAAAUAAGGUAAAACGGGAAGUACUUAUUCCGAAAAAAGUAAUGGAGCUUAAACUUUUUUUGAAAAUAAUAGAAUUUCUUAAUAAUAAUAAUCAGGUUCUUUUAGUUUAUAGGAACAAAAUAUACCUUUUUAUAACUAAGAAACAAGAAAAACUGUAUAAAUAAAAGUCCUUCCAAGACAUACAGUGUAGGAAGUAAAGGAAAGAAUAAUAAAUUAAUAUUUAGAUAAUGUACAAGGAAAUGAAAGUGCAUCAAAUUAUUAAUUAUUCGCAAAACUAUCUAACGGGGAAAAAAUGCACUUAAAUGAUAUUUAAAAAUUUCUCAAAUAUUAAGAUUUGGAUGUUUCUAAAAUAGAAUAAGUAUAUUUAGUAAAGAAAAAUACUCUAUAAAAUUAAAGAAAAUAAUAGUAAUAAUAAAGUUAAGAAUAAUAAUCUUUUUAGAAAAAAAAAAUACCUAUAUUGCCUAAAGGAUACGGUUGUGAACCUUCCUUGGAGGAAAUGUAAAAAAUGAAUAAUGAAGAACUUAAAGAAAUUCUAAAUUUUAAAAUAUUUAAUGAUUUUGCAACUGUGCUUUUUACAUAACCAGUCAAUGUGCUUGAUUUGGAUUUAAGAAAUAUUAAAUUCGAAGAAUAAUAAAUUUGCCUUUUUAUGCUUGAUGAUGAAACUAUUUAAGAUGAUGAAGAAAGUUCGUAAAGAGAAAAGCUUAUCUAUGAAAGAUUGAAUAAAACUGCAGUUAUUGAAUUCCAUAAAUUCGGAAACAAGUAGAUUUAAGAAGGAUAAAGUAAAGAAAGCGUAAAGGAAAAAGUUAAUAGAUUAAUAAAUGUAAAAAAACUAAAACUUAUAAAAGAAUAUGAUGUUGAUAACACAAAAUUAAUAUUUUUAUAAGAUAGAUUUGAAGAUUGAAAUAGUUUUUUUAUUUAAUUAUAUAAUAAAAAUUAUCAAAAAAAUUAUAUAUAGUUAUAAUUAUUUUAUAUUUUAUUUUUUCCUUUAAUUUUAAUAUUUUAAAAAAU